AGUGAAGCGAAGUGACGAAGAAUGAUGCUCAGGACAAUCCAACGGGGAAAAGCAAAGCACAAAUUAAAUCGCAGCGCAAGAAGCAAACAACUAAAUAUGCUCUGCUCCUGGACGUGUUAAAACCUGUAAACAAACCCAAAAGCCUCAAACUCUCUCUCUCUCUCUCUCUCUCUCUCUCACAUCACAACACAUACACAUACACAUACACAAGAGGGAGAAUGGGGCUCUGCUUCACCAGAUGUCGAUCCCAUGACAUCCCAAUCUCUUCCUCAUCAGAUUCACCUCCUCCCCACUACCAGCAAACAUCCAAUAAAACCCAUGCCCAGCACAAGCCAACCCCUUCUUCAAAACCGAACCCGUAUGCAUCAGCUUAUAAUAAUCCAGGCAAUUUUUUUGGCAAGACCCCUUCGUCAUCUCAAACUCAGAUUGGACCCAUUCUGGGCAGGCCAUACGUGGACAUAAACAUCUUCUACACCCUUGAAAAGGAGCUGGGAAGGGGUCAGUUUGGUGUCACUCGUCUUUGCACAGAGAAGACCACGGGCAAAAGGUACGCCUGCAAGUCCAUAUCAAGGCGAAAGCUCUCGACCAGCAAGGACAUUGACGAUGUCAGGAGGGAGAUUAUGAUACUUCAGCAUCUCACAGGGCAACCCAACAUUGUGGAAUUCAAGGGUGCUUAUGAGGACAAGCAGAAUCUGCAUUUGGUCAUGGAGUUGUGCUCCGGCGGUGAGCUUUUUGAUCGGAUUACUGCCAAAGGGAGCUACUCUGAGCGUCAAGCCGCUCAGAUUUUCAGACAGAUUGUGAAUGUGGUUCAUGUGUGUCACUUCAUGGGGGUGAUGCAUAGAGACCUCAAGCCUGAGAAUUUCUUGCUGGUCAGUAAGGAAGAGAAUGCCCCUCUUAAAGCCAUCGAUUUUGGACUCUCUGUCUUCAUUGAGCAAGGGAAAGUGUACAGAGACAUUGUUGGGAGUGCCUACUAUGUGGCCCCGGAAGUGUUGGAGCGAAAUUAUGGGAAGGAGAUAGAUGUGUGGAGUGCUGGAGUCAUUUUAUAUAUUCUUCUAGCUGGAGCGCCUCCCUUUUGGGCUGAGACUGAAAAGGGGAUAUUUGAAGCAAUUAUGCAAGCCAAACUUGACUUGCAAAGUUCCCCAUGGCCUUCUAUCUCUGAUUCUGCAAAGGAUCUCAUCAAGAAAAUGUUAACAAGAGACGCUAAGAAAAGAAUUACAGCUGCUGAAGUUCUUGAACAUCCAUGGAUGACGAAAGAUGGUGAAGCCUCUGACAAACCAAUUGACAGUGCUGUUCUAAUUAGGAUGAAGCAGUUCAGAGCAAUGAACAAGCUGAAGAAACUUGCUCUGAUGGUAAUAGCAGAAAACCUUUCAGAAGAAGAAAUUCAUGGCCUGAAACAAAUGUUCAACAACAUAGACACAGAUGGAAGUGGCAGCAUCACAUUUGAGGAACUUAAAACUGGAUUGACAAGGCUGGGAUCUAAGCUUAGUGAAACAGAAAUAAAACAGCUGAUGGAUGCUGCUGACAUUGACAAGAAUGGGACUAUUGAUUACACUGAAUUCAUCACUGCUACCAUGCAUCGCCAUAAACUGGAGAAGGAAGAAAACUUGUACAAGGCUUUCCAGUUCUUUGACAAGGAUCAGAGCGGGUUUAUCACAAGAGAUGAGCUAAGACAAGCAAUGACUCAAUAUGGGAUGGGGGAUGAUGCUACUAUAGAUGAAAUCAUUGAUGAUGUGGAUACUGAUAAAGAUGGGAGAAUCAACUACGAGGAGUUUGUGGCCAUGAUGAGACGGGGAGUUCAAGAUUCUGAUGAUAAACUAAGAUAGAUUCGAGUUUUACUGAUUUGUAACCCCAAUCCAUCCAUAUACAAAUAAAAAAACUUCCAAUGGCAAGGCAAUAGUUCCAACUUCUUGCUUCUGCCUGCCUCUCUGUUGUAGGCUUUGGCGCCAUUACCUCACUUCUACUUGUAACUCAUCAAUGUCUAUAAAUAAAAUCAACCUGUUAUUAUA